AUGGAGGCGAAGUUAACGCGUACGUGGUCUUCACACUUGGUGGCACAACCAAAAAGAGUGGAAGAGUGGGAAAAUGAGUUUCUCAUUGCUCAGGUGUACGAUCGUAGCCAAAAUGGUCAGGAUAACCUUAUUGGGUCUGCUGUUAUUCCUUUAACUCUAUACGCCGGAAACAGAAAUUGCGAGACUUGCAGCUAUCCGCUAGUGCUGCCGGACGAAGUGGGAGGGUUAUUACCUAAAAGUGAUAUGUUUGUACGAAUUAGUCUCUUGGAUGCAGAUGGUAGUCCAGUGGAAGAAUUUUAUUGGUGA